AUGUCGACCACUAAGCCAUUGGGACCCUUCAAGCUCGUUACCGUCAACACAGCACCCGAGCGUGCUUACAGGUUGAUCGGCCGCGUCGUCGAGAACGUCAAGGACAAAUACACAAUCAUCCACGCUGGAAAUGCAGACAGCGAAGAACAAGUCCGCGAAGUUGUCACCAAAGAACAGCCCGACGUACUGUUCACAGCAUCCAUGUGGACACCGGAGCAAGCAAAGGCCAUUCAUGCAGAGGCCAAGGAGAUUAUGGGGCCGCAAUUGAAGACAUUCGCUCUGCCUCAGGGCCUCCAGGUUUCAAGAGGGCCGGACGCUGUGGUCGAGUUCAUCGAGGAGAACCUGCCUGCGCUCCUUGAGGGAUAA